GUAAUGGUUUUGUUGGAGCAGCAACCGUGGUUUAAUGAUCAAGAGCUCUCAUUUUCAUGCAAGUUUGGUUAUAAAUGCAGAACCUUUACUGUUGUAGCUUCCCUUUCACCAUUGCUUAAAUAACCCGUUUCUUUGUAUAUCUUUCCAUUGCCUAUAUUUCUCUCUCUCUCUCUCUCUGUAUUUGAUGCAAUAAAAUCUUCCUUUUUCUGUGUGAGCAUCUCUCUGUGGCGUGACAGAGCCAGAGGCUGAGGUUCUGAGCUGAAAAUUUGAAAAAAGGGGUUUGAACAUAAAGUCGAAAUUCAAUGGAAUUUAUUUGAAGAAAAGUUUGAAUGGGACUAUGGAGUACUGAAAAUGGUACAUUAUCUGAAAUGGGUAUCUUUCUCUUGCUACUUUUGGUGCCGUUUUCUUUCCCAGUGUCUGUGAUUCAGAAACUUGGUUUUUUUUUCUCUGCUCACACUCUGACUAGGGCUUUCAACGUCUAUUUAUUAUGCUGAAAUCAAUGCUCUCUUCUCUGUUUUAUCAGUUGACUGCCUUCUGUUUCUUUACACUCUAUUCACCUCCUCUUUGAAUUGUCGCUUUUUAAUGUCUAUUGGCUUUUGGAGGCCUUCAUUUUUCUGCUUUUCAGUACUUCAACUUCCCUCUCCUUGCUUGGGAAAUGGUAGCUUCAUAAAUAUUGUCUUCUUUGCUUGCUACCAUCUUCUUCUUUAUGCACACUACUGAUUUUGCUUCAUUCUUCAAGCUUUUACUGUUACCACCUUCAUAUUCUUCCACCAGUGUGACUUGUGAGAUUUCCCGUAAUUUCUUGAAUUGGGGGAGUUUGUAUUAGCUUAAAUUGUUAUGUUCUUGUAUAUGUAGUUUCUCUUUUUCUAUACUUCUUUGUGAAAAGUCCAUAGAUUCUGCCUGGAGUGAGUAGAUUUUGAAGUUUGUAUUUAAAAGCAACUCUAAAAGCUGGGUAUCUUAUACAUGCUUCUUCUGGGUAUCUUAGUCAACAUAGUAUGGAUAUUGAUGACAGAGAUAAAUUUAGACUAGAAAGUAGCAUAGAGGAUUCUAUUAACUGUUCGAAUAGCAUGUCAUCGGAUUGGCGAUGCGGCGAAACGACUCUCAUGAGUAUGCCAAUCGGUUUGGUUUUUCCAGGGAAUGUGGAUGUAGUUAGGAAUCAGGAUAUGGUUGGUUGUUCUUCUUCCACUGCUCCUGUGGUAGAGUCAUUUAGCUCUACCAUCUGGGAACAAGCAGCUAAUUGUCAAAACUUGGGAAUUUGCAACAUUCAAGGCCAUAACAACAACUCCAGUACUUCAAAUACCAUAGCAAUUAGAAAGGCCAGUGGCUGUCCAGUUUCUUUGAGCAGUGACAUUGAUAGAACACUUGACAUCAGCUGGAACCCAUCACAUAAUAUGUUAAAAGGGGGAGUUUACCUACCUAAUAUUCCCGGCGUGCUCCCGCCGAGCUUAUCUCAACUUCCAGCUGAUUCUUCAUUUAUCGAGCGUGCAGCCAGGUUUUCCUGCUUCAGUGGUGGAAAUUUUGGUGAUAUUGUUGGCCAUUUCAACAUUCCUGAGCCUAUGGGUGUUUUUUCCAGAGGCAUGGGAGUAAUCCCUGAGAGAUGGGAUGAGAUUCCACGAAAUGGGUUAGGUUUGGUAUCCGGAACUGGAGGACAAUCUCAAAGAAACAUGGUUAACAGUGAAUGUUCCAAGCCUGUUUCUUUGACUAAUGAACAUGGAGCUACUGAAAGGGGUUCACCUAAAAGUGGAAGCCCUUUGAAAUUGGAUGAUCGUGGUAAACAUGCUGUCGAUGGUUCUGCUAAUGAAUCUGAUGAAGCCGAGUUUAGCAGUGGUGAUGGUUCGGGUGAGCCACGUACAUUAGAGGCCACAUGUAAGGAACUUUCUGCCAAGAGCCUUGGCUUGAGGAAAAGGAAACGAAGUGGACAGAAGAUUGAACUCGAUCGAGCCAAUGGACCUCUGCAACAAACUAUGAUUUCAGCUAAGGAUGCUGCUGAAACUCAGCGAAAAGGAGAUCAAAAUCCAAGUUCAACUGCAAACAAGGGUACAGGAAAACAUGGUAAACAGGCAUCUCAGCCUUCUGAUCCACCAAAGGAAGAGUAUAUUCAUGUUAGAGCUCGAAGGGGCCAGGCAACAAACAGCCAUAGUCUUGCAGAGAGGGUAAGGAGGGAGAAGAUCAGUGAGAGGAUGAAGUUUCUUCAAGAACUAGUCCCUGGUUGCAGCAAGGUCACUGGAAAGGCAGUAAUGCUAGAUGAAAUUAUUAACUAUGUCCAAUCACUGCAACGACAAGUUGAGUUUUUAUCAAUGAAACUCGCUACCGUGAAUCCAAGGUUGGAUAUUAACAUCGAUGGACACGUAGCCAAAGAUAUUCUUCAAUCACGAGUUGGUCCAUCGUCAACAUUGGGAUUUUCUUCGCAUAUGCCUGUUGCUUGCCCCCCGCCUCAUAUUUCUCAUCAUGGACAUAUCCCAAGCAAUUUUCCUGCCAUAGGGAGUUCUGAGAUGUUAAGAAGCACAAUGAAUUCCCAGAUGACUACAAGGUCUGGUGGAUUUAAGGAUCCUACUCAGAUAAAGAAUGUGUGGGAUGGUGAACUCCAAAAUAUUGUGCAGAUGAGCUUUGGGAUGUCCACUACCCCCAAUUGUUUAGAAGUUCAAGGAUCUGAUUCACCUAGCAAUACAAAAGUUGAACAGUGAAAUUUCUUCUUGAUUGCCAUGAACCAUUUCUGCUUCAUGUACAGGUGCAUUGUAUUAGUCUUAGUAUGAGAUUCAUUGCCGGCGAACUAUUUCUACUUCGUGGUAAUGCGAAAGAAGUUGUGAGAUUUAGUUGUCCAUUCUACUUCGUGGUAAUGUGAAAGAAGUUGCGAGAUUUAGUUGUCCAAUGUGAUAUAAGAAAUACCAUUACUGUAUUUGGAGCUGCGUUACUCUAGCUGGUGACUGAUUCGGACCGGCUGAUACUAACCAAGGCAGAAAAUCGCCCCAUGACAAUGCCCAGAAAUCAAUGACCUGGUAGAGAAAAUAGUUUCCGAUCUCGUUAGUUCAUAAUAUAGGAGUCUUUGCCUUAGUCGAUGUAUAGAGGUCGAGGAAUCGAUAUCUGAAAACCGAGGAACCACUUGAGCUUAGUGUGUCUUCUUGUUAAGAAAAUGAGAGAACAGAUGAUAGUGUAUGGUUCCACUAGUUGAAGUGGGUUGGCUGUAAUUUUUACAACUAUGCUGAGGGAAAUGCUGUUGUUAAGUGUGAAUGAAUUUGCGUUUUGACGCUGAGAUCCAUGAAACAUCUUUUAGCUUACUCAGCAACUGAUGAGUUUCUACUGUAUCAAUCAUGAAAUGACCUGGCUUUCAUGGUUGAUGCAGGAGGAAAGGGUCAUUUUCUCAAGUAUCACCUAUAAAUCUAUAAUGAAAGUUUGAGCCACUUGUCAAAGAUAACUCACUUUAAUAUUAUUUUUUAAUUAAGAAAGAAGCAAUAUUCAUGAAA